AUGGAUGAAGAUGAACCCAUCUCCUGGCAUGCCCUGGUGCCGCAACCGCCUACCAAUGCUGUCGUCCAGCAAGUAGUUACGUGGACGACGAGGGAAGAAAUCAAUAGCGCCACCGAGGGAUCGUUCGUGUUGUGGCUCACGAACCUGGAACAGCUUGCUACUGCUGAUCGGUCCAGCGAAUGGAUGGGGUCCGACAGCAUCUGGGCGCUCGCCUCGCCGCUACGCGUGCCCCUGCCUGCCGGCACUCCUAAUUGGACUUCGUCGGACGAGGCGCGCUUCGGUACUUGGGUAGUCUGUGGACGUCGGGAGCCGUUCCCGCCGUGCGAUCCUGGCCCUCCUCCGUUCGCCAAUCGUACCAACACCUUUGCCAGGCGAACGACGUACCCGGGCAGUUCAGCAGGAUCGGUUUGGCCUCCGCCCGUGUGGUACCGCCGAGCUACGAUGUGGACGGCUUGGUUGGCUACAAGGCCGGAAGGAUCGUCGGCUUUGCUCUGGCGCUACGAACGCGACGACCGUCUCAUCGAAGAAGUACCGGGUGGUUAUGUGUUAUCAUCCGUCGCCGAGCUAGGCUUUAACUCGAUUGCUGAUGACGUGGAAGCCAUGUCGUUGGCAGUGCACCGGGCGUUGCACAUCGUCCCUCCACCUCCGCCGGUCCCUCGGUACCAUGCUUCGCCUGAACUCGUCUUCAGACUCGAGGACCUGGUCGCGUACAUGGACGACAUGCGAUGGGCCGCCCUCAAUCAUCUCGCCUACCUGCGUAUGCACUUAGGGGCCGCCUCGCUCAACGCCAUUCGCGGUUUCGCACCUCCAGGCUGGUCGUACCCGUCCGCCCCCGGCAUGCCCUUCUGGGUGGCCCACGAUGCCUACCACGUGCGCGGCGGCACCCAUGUCGGCACCCUCAUCGACACGCGAGCUCUCCCGGAGGAUUGGCCCUCACUGAAUAUGCUGGCCCAGUCUCGCGUCCCAUUCUGGUGGCUGCAAGGUCGAGAGGAAACUCUCCACGAGCGCGAAGGUGCCUUGCGGUAUCGCAACUUUCAGAACGAGAACCUGCCUCGUAUAUCAGCUUGCCGCGCUGCUGUGGCAGAUACCCGCCGACGUCGGGAGCUGCGCCAGUCUACAGGGCCGUAUGGAGCUGUGACCCGGGCGAUAUUGAUGCUGGACCGCGGCCAAACGCUGAGUCUGUUUCUCGAACGGAUACAGUCGGAGGACCAGGUGGUACGCGAGGACGUUGCGCAGAUGUCCAUGACCCCCGUUCCUGUGAGCAGGGCGGCUCGCAACCUCUGGAUCAGGCGGUACGAAUAUGUCCGCGGUUAUCCUCGCCCGGGCGACAUUACCUUCCUGAGCUGGCGGCCCUUGCUCUCCCGUGAGGAUGUUCUCAGCGGUCGAGAGGCACAUACCAGUUCAUGGGGCCGUCGACUCAGGGUACCAGCAGCGGGAGGAUCGGACGGCGAGGACUUGUACAGCGAUGACAGCGACUAUGACUCGGAUAAGGCGGACGGCAUGCUCUUCUCUGACACUCGCACUUGGCCUCCCGCCCCCAUGCCGGUAUUCCCAGUGCGUCCUGCUCGCCCGCCAGCUCGUCUGCAAUUCGCACAACGAUUCAGCGCCGCUCCCGCGGAGCGUGAGCUCGCGUUCGCGCCGCGUGAGCAGACCAUGGACCUGGACACGCCUAGUCAAAGCGAAGUACCGCCUCGCCCUCAGAGCCCGUCAGCGCAACCCGUCUCGCCGAUUCCGACCCCACCCGCCAGACACCGUCCUCAGCCUACGCCGCGCAGGGGUAUUGUGAUCUCCGAUGCGAGCACCGGGAAAGGAAAAGGCAAGCGUCGUGCGGAUGCGGACGCGGACACCGUCGACGGCUUCUCUGUGCGGGACUUGCAGGCAGCCCAGGGGGCAUCCUCCCAAGGUGGCCCAUAUACCAUGCCAUCCGCGGGGGAGUCGUCUAGUGUCACGUUGGAUCAAACUGGGCAAGCUGGCGGAAGCAGCCUUCUGGCGCCCCUGGGUAGUCAACCAGCUGGUCGUAAACGUCGUCGGGGAGCGCAGCACCGAGAUGUGCCGUUGGAGGGCCGGUUCGAAGGUGGUGCACCCUCUACCACGGCGGAGACGUCUGCAGCAUCGUCUAAUCCUUCAUCGACGACGCCAGCCCGGCAAGGUCUCGCGUCAGGGCCUUGGCCUGCCCAGCCACCUCGUCGCCCGUUGGAUCUCGAUUCGCGGUGGCCUCAGUUGCAGGUCCGCUGGCCUGGUGCUCUGGUAUCGACGGCUUCCGAGGACUUAUCGCGGGAAAUGCGUAGCAUCUCUCCAUCUCGGGACACCCGCGUUGUUCACGACGCGCCGGCUCCAGUGCAGCGCGGACGUUUGCUGCUACCACCGGCAUCGGCUCUACGACUUUGGUGGUGGAUGGAGCAACACCCGUACGCUCUAGCUCCCGCGUUCGUGCCAUGGGCGUUGGCGCGUGGAGUACGAUUUCUAUGGGGUGCCCCGGGGUCAGCCCUGCCCAGAUUGCCGGACCCGCUCGGUGGAGGUAUGCCUCGAGCUACCCUGCCAUGGUACGAAUGGGUCCACGACGUUGUGGAGGUUCUUCGUCGUCCCAACGCUCGAGCAUUCUUGUGGGACGGUGGCAUUCUGUGGCGUCUGGCACUUGAAUUCAGGAGCGAUCUUCUCGCUGAAGCGGGUUCGGGUCCAUCUGCGUCUGCUUCGCUUCUUCCGGCGCCGUGGCCUGGGUCGUUCGUUUCGGACACUUUGUCGUCCGCGGAAGUCAACCUCGUCAUCGGCCGCAGGGCAGAUGGCUUGUCCUGGUGGCCUCAUCCCGACACCUGGGACGCCGGGCUGAGCAUAGGCGAAUGGUGGACGGUGCACGAGGACUGGUUUAGCGUACGCCUGCAGGCCAUCAUUGCGGGCGACGCCGUGCCAUUGGCGGACACCGCGUGGUACGGGCAUAUACGGGAAUGGAUAACGUCAGCCAGUCGCCCUGUGUUCCACGCAGGAAACCUUCGUAGAGUUUCGCUCUUGACGACCUUGUUGGACAACGACUGGCAGGAAGCUCUCGCAGACGGUUUCGUCCGGCUGACUCUAGACGAUGGUAACGGGUCGGACAUGGACGAGGAUGGACAGUAG